CCCCUACCAGCCCGGACCCCACGACCUCAUCCACUUCCAAGUCAAAGCCCUGUUCACGGCGGGUCUCAACCAAAGUCUGGACGUGUGGGUCCCUACGACUCUCGGGGAAUAUCCGGUCAUGUACUUUUUGGAUGGAUUCGCCAUGGGGACGCCUCCUGCCGCGUAUGCUCAGGUCCUGAGUCACGUUGCCUCGCAUGGGGUAGUGGUGGUGGCGCCUUGGGCUAUGACUAUGGCAACACCGGAGCACAAAUUGCCAGCUUUGAUCACAACCAUGGACUGGGCGGAAGAGCAGUUGGUUGAGAAGAUGGUUGAACACGGCGUACCAGAGGAGACUGUGGUGGAUUUUGGGACGUUGUUGGGCGCAGGGCAUUCAGCAGGGGCUCACACGCUCGUCGCUCUUCUGAAGGCUGAGGGAUGUGGGGCAUUCAAGGCUUUGGUGCUGCUGGACCCCGUCGACGGCUCGGACCCUAUGGGUAUUAUCCCUGAAUUUUGCAUCACGCCGGGAGAACUACUCAACUUCGCUCUCCCGACGCUGCAUCUGGCGGCCGGGUUCGAUCCGGUUCCUGGUUUCUCCGGCUUGGCUUGUGCUCCCGAAAAGCUCAGCAACGAGAGGUUCUGGCACGCACUCCGCCCGGACGCCCACCGAUGGUCCAUCAACGCCACCGACUACGCCCACAUGGAUCUCCUGGACCCCGAAUACCGACAGAUGUCAGGCGAUUUCUGCGGCGUCAACGACCUCCUCGGGGAUCAAGACCUCGACACGUACCGAGAGUUUGUGGGAGGUCUCAUCACGAUUUUUCUCAAGGCCUUGACGGAAGAAGACUGCGAGACAUACACGACCCUCCUGGAAGACCCUUCAACCAUGUCAAUCAAUGCCACUUCGAGACACGUUAACCCGACCAGCAGGUGUCCUAAUCUAUCUUGCUCUUGGGUCCCUGAGUCUACCGACGCCCCGUGGUUAUAACUUGUUAGAUUAAACAAAUGACUGAAAUAAUAACAACGAUACUCCGGAUACAAUAUAUACAGUUAAAAUGCAACGUAUACAUCCCCCUCCCCCCCCAAAAAAAAAAAAAAAUACAAAUACAAAUAAGAAAUAAAAGAACAGUAUGUACAAAAAAACAAAACAGAAUCUUAAAACAAACAAAAAACAAAUAUCAAAAACACUUUUUUGCUAAUGUAUAGUUUCUAGUCGAUUAGUAAUGUAAGGUUUCGUCUAUCAUUCAAAUGUAAAACUCUUUUUGUUUCAUAUCCCCGUCUAUUAAUUUGAUGAAUGUUUAUCAAUAAUUUUCCAGUGCGGACUCUGCUUCAAUUUACUAUAGUUUGUCCUCUUUUAGGUUUUAUUUUCUUUGACGGUAAUGGAUUGAGAUAUAAGUUUUCUUUUGCUUUUGCUGGCAUGACUGCAAUUUGUUCUCGCGGUGCCACUCAAACUCCAUAUAUAUGGAUGUCUUUAAACUUAACUUUAGGUAAAGGAUUAUUGUGCUUGACUAUGAGGUAAACUGAGAAAUGGAAAGAGAUACGUAGACGCUGAUUAAGUUAAGGCGAAUUAUGCGCAGAAUACUUAGGACAUAUGCACACAAAAGUGCAUUUAAUUAUCUAUAUAUACAAGUGUGAAUUAUUCCUGCAAUAAACGCUUUUUUGUU